UCGUGACCUGAGCCGAAGUCGGACGCCCAACCGACGGAGCCACCCAGGCGCCCCCCGAAUUUUAUUCCUUCCUGUAGAGACUGUCAUAGUUGCUGCCAUAUCCAGGAUCACUUAUCCUACCAUCACAUGUGGACACAGUUUGCUACUCCCUCUCUAGUCCAGCUCCGGACUGGCAGACCAGAGUUCCGUCCUAAGCCUAAGCGCGAGCUGAAUCACCCUGCCCAAGCUACUGAACCUCUCUGAGCUGUGAAAUGGGGUGCACGGGCUCAGCUUGCUGGGUGACAGAGGGACUAGGUGAGACCGCGGAACCAAAUCAUGAGGCCCACGGCAGGCAGUUACUAUUCUGUUUCGAUGGUGUAAGAAUGUCAGAGCUCAGCUGCUCCCUCGGCCCUUCCUGACAUUCGCAGGAUGGAUAACUCGCAGCCCUCUCCAGACAGCGCGUCCUUCCGAAGACAGCGGAUCUGCCCAGCGAUCUCCUGCCUGUGCGUCGCUGGUCUGAAUUGUGUCACGUUGCCAAGUUGCAAGGGAGCCUGGGGAGGGCUGCAGGGUGGGUGUGGGUGAGACGAAGGGGGCAAUCGUGAGGAUUCGAUGAGAUAAUGCAUAUUAUCUGGGACAGGGAAACUUGACUUCAGGGUCCUGCGGUGAGUAGGCAUCAGACACAGGACAAAAACUUUCUUCUUCCAGACUGGAAGCUCCAUGAUGGGGGGGGGGGGCUGUUAUGUCUUUCCCACUUAUUAUUCUAGCUUGAUGCCUGGAACAUAGAUAACAUAUGGUACUGCUCGGUAAAUAUCUGAUAAGCGAAUGAACAGUUAAUGAUAAUUUGCUACAUUUCUUUGGCUUCCUGUUCUUCAUCACUUUCUCAAAAACACAUUUAUUCCACUCCUAUUAAACAAACGUCAGAAGGUGAGAGUCCUAAAGCCAAGACUUGUGUCAGCGUAUUCUUUAUCGCUCGCUGGGUAACGGGUUGCCCCCCAACUGUGGCAACUUCACAUCACAAGCAUCUCUCAUCGCACGCGGUUUCUAGGGUCAGGAAUCCCCGAGAGCAGUUUGAACGGAUGGCUCUCGCCCACGGCCUCUCACGAGCGGUCAAGACGUUGGCUGAAGCUGCCAGCGUCCCGAAGGCUCGACUGGGUAAAGUUGGAGGAUCUCUUUCGAAGAUCGCACCCUCGCAUGGCGGUUGGCUGGAAGGCUCCGCUCCUUUCCAUGUGCUGCUGGAGUGUUCUGAUGACAUGGCCACCGGCUUCCAGAAGGAAGGAGCGUGGGGGAAAUGGCAGUAUUUCCCGACCGGUCUUCAGCGUCACCCAGCAUCACCACUUGCACAAUAUGCCACUCGCCAGAAACAAGUUGUCAGGUCCAGCCUACAUUCCAAGGGAAAGCAAAUGCCUUGUGCCUUUUGGAGCAGGAGCGCGUCAGUGAAUCUGCGGACACAUCGUCUGUUCUGUUCUAGCAUCGAGCUGUGCUUGGCUCACACGCAUCCGAGCAGAAAGAAUCUCAAGGCUGGCCACUUCCUGAAUGAAGACACCGAGAACGCCUGCGUGUCGAAUUCACUGAAAAGUGCAGCGGUCGGCAGAAACCCGGGGCCCCGACUGGAGGAGCCCAGAGGGCAAAGUGAGAGCAUUUCUCAAGUCAGCUACAUCCUGACGAGUUGCUCGAGACCCGAGGCUCUUAGCUUCGGCACCGUUGAUGAAACUGGGGGCAGCAUUGUUCUUCGUGUGUCGGGGGUGGGGAGUGGGGGGCCGUCCUGGGCAGUGCACCCCCAGCCUCCACCUGCUACAUGCCAGGAGCACAGUGUGGCGAGCCAAAAAGCAUCUCCCAGCGCUGCCAAGCCUCUCCUGGUCUGGAUCACCUCUGGUUGAGAGCCAGUGUUCUAGAACAACCCACCCACAGAAGCCCUGUUUGGAGAAAGAGGAGAAGGUGAACCUCACACUCAGACGGUCGUAGUGACGAUGACUGAUGACAGAGCUGGCACUGAAACCCCUCGCGAGAAAAGGAAAGAGAACAUGACAUCAGAGGACGCAGAGAAAACUUAAUCGCCAGCCCCUCAUCCGACAGGUGAGUCCCGCAGUGGGAAGAGCAUGCCAAGGUGCUCGGUCAGAAGAGGCUUGUCGUCAGCAGCACCAACGGCAUUAUUAUGUUUUGUUAUU